CCGCUUUAAUCAGUCUCCCUCCCUGGUCAUAAAAUAAAUGAGAUCUGCAGCACAACAAGGCGAAUCUAUCAAUAUUAGCCUAUUGCGAUGUCCGAAUCACCUUCUGGUCCCCGCGCCAAGCGGCAGCGAAUAGACAAAAAUGGGAGGUUCGCCGCCAUGGAGCGACUGCGUCAGCUGAAGGGAACCAAGAACAAAUGCCAGGUGGAAGACCAGGUGGACGACGUGUACGAUGUGGUGGAUGAGCGGGAGUACGCCAAGCGGGCGCAGGAAAAGUACGGCGACGAUUGGAUCGAAGAGGAUGGCACUGGCUACGCAGAAGACCUUCGGGACUUCUUCGAGGACGAAGACGAGUACUCCGAUGGCGAGGAGGAUCGAAAAGACUCCAAGAAAAGAAAGGGCGUUGCACCCCACAGCAAAAAGAGGCCCCGGGAAGCCGAAAAACCAGCCAAAGGAAAGGCCUCCAUCAAGAACCUCUUCAGCAAUGCGGUGCCCAAGAAGGCGGACAUCAAGAACAGUGUGAAGGAUGAUGACAUCCUGGCUGAUAUAUUGGGAGAAAUCAAAGAAGAACCUGCAGAGACUUCAGAAAAAGUGGAGAAAGUUAUCGCGCCGGCGAAAAUAGCAGUUGCCUCGCGAAAGUCCGACGCCGCCGCUGCCAAGGAGUACAUGAACAGCUUCCUCAACAAUAUCAAAGUUCAGGAGCAGGAGCGAAAGAAGGCGGAGGCCAGCAGUGACCACGAGAUGCUGGAGCGCAUUCUGAAACCCAAGGCUCCAGUCCCGAACACAAAGGUGGCCUUCUUCUCCGCUCCUCCGAUUAAAAAGGAACCUUUGCCCGAGAAGACACCUGCCAAAGAGUCUAAGGAAGAUCCCUUCUCCGACAACGACAUGGAUUUCAGUUGUCUGGAUGACGACGAAAACCAAUUCGAUGUGGAGGAGCAGCCCAAGGAGAAGGAUGCCCAAGCCAAAACAUCAGCUGAAAAGACAACUCAGCUUAAGGAAGCCGAAAAAGUAUCUUCCAAAAAGAAUCUAAAUAGUUCCCCAAAGGAGAGUGAGCCGGAGGACAUGAGCAAGCUGCUGAACAACUGGGAGUCCAUCUGCCAAAUGGACGAUGACUUUGAGAAGUCCGUUAUCACCGCCGAACAGGAAUCGCCCAUCUCGUCCGAGAAACAGCUGCGCUUCUGGUACUGGGAGGCCUGGGAGGAUCCAAUCAAGCUGCCCGGCGAGGUCUUCCUCUUCGGACGCACUGCCGAUGGCAAGUCCGUCUGUGUGCGGGUGCAGAACAUCAACCGAGUCCUGUAUUUGCUUCCCCGCCAAUUUCUCUUGGACCCCAUUUCGAAGGAGCCCACCAAACAAAAGGUGACCGUGGCGGACAUCUACAAGGAGUUCGACAGCGAGGUGGCCAGCGAACUAAAACUGGAAUCCUUCCGAUCCCGCAAGGUGACCAAGAGUUUCGCCCACCACGCCAUCGGCAUUGAAGUGCCCCAGACUUGCGAUUACCUGGAAGUGCACUACGACGGCAAGAAACCACUGCCCAAUCUGUCUGCUAGCAAGAAAUACAAUUCCAUAGCGCACAUUUUCGGUGGCACCACCAAUGCCUUGGAACGAUUCCUGCUGGAACGGAAAAUCAAGGGACCCUGCUGGUUGCAGGUGAGUGGCUUCAAGGUGAGCCCUGCCCCCAUGAGCUGGUGCAAAACGGAGGUCACCUUGUCGGAACCCAAGAACGUGGAACUGGUGCAAGACAAGGGCAAGCCAGCGCCACCACCGCCCAUAACUCUACUGGCACUCAAUGUCCGCACCUCGAUGAAUCCCAAAACGUCGAGAAAUGAGAUAUGCAUGAUUUCCAUGCUCACCCACAAUCGAUUCCACAUCGAUCGCCCUGCCCCGCAGCCCGCUUUCAAUCGUCACAUGUGUGGUUUGACCCGCCCUGCGGUGGUUAGUUGGCCCUUGGACCUGAACUUUGAGAUAGCCAAGUAUAAAUCCACAAAGAUAUAUAAGCACGAUUCGGAGCGAGCCCUUUUGAGUUGGUUCUUAGCCCAGUACCAGCAAAUAGACGCCGAUCUCAUUGUAACCUUCGACUCCAUGGACUGUCAACUGAAUGUUAUUACCGAUCAAAUUGUGGCCCUGAAGAUCCCCCAAUGGUCUCGAAUGGGGCGCCUUAGGAUGACCCAGUCGUUCGGCAAGCGCUUGCUGGAUCACUUUGUGGGCAGAAUGGUUUGCGAUGUGAAGCGUUCGGCGGAGGAGUGUAUAAGAGCCAGAUCCUAUGAUCUUCAAACCCUUUGCAAGCAAGUUCUAAAGCUCAAGGAGUCUGAGAGAAUGGAGGUGAAUGCCGAUGAUCUUCUGGAGAUGUAUGAAAAGGGAGAAAGCAUCACCAAGCUCAUUUCGCUCACGAUGCAGGAUAACUCCUACUUGCUGAGGCUGAUGUGUGAGCUGAAUAUAAUGCCGCUGGCCUUGCAAAUCACCAACAUUUGUGGCAACACGAUGACCAGGACCCUUCAAGGAGGUCGCUCUGAGCGGAAUGAGUUCCUGCUGCUGCACGCUUUCCAUGAGAAGAACUACAUAGUGCCGGAUAAGAAGCCUACUUCCAAACGUGGUCCGGCUGGAGAUCUCGAGGGCACAUUCUCCGGCGCUGAUGCAACUUUGGCAGCCAAGAAAAAGGCAGCCUAUGCUGGUGGCUUGGUGCUGGAACCCAUGCGGGGUCUCUACGAAAAGUAUGUGCUGCUGAUGGACUUCAACUCGCUGUAUCCAAGCAUCAUUCAGGAGUACAACAUAUGCUUCACCACUGUCCAACAGCCUGUGGAUGCGGACGAGCUGCCCACUCUUCCGGAUUCGAAGACAGAGGCUGGCAUACUACCCCUUCAGCUGAAACGCUUGGUGGAAUCGCGAAAGGAGGUGAAGAAGCUAAUGGCAGCGCCUGAUCUUUCGCCCGAACUCCAGAUGCAGUACCACAUUCGACAGAUGGCUCUGAAACUGACCGCCAACUCCAUGUAUGGUUGCUUGGGAUUUGCCCACUCCCGGUUCUUUGCCCAACACUUGGCUGCUCUGGUCACCCACAAGGGCAGAGAGAUCCUCACGAGUACCCAACAACUCGUACAAAAGUUGAACUACGACGUGGUUUAUGGCGACACAGACUCCCUCAUGAUCAAUACCAACAUUACAGACUACGAUCAGGUCUACAAGAUCGGUCACAGCAUCAAGCAGAGUGUGAAUAAACUGUACAAGCAGCUGGAGUUGGACAUCGAUGGAGUCUUUGGCUGCUUGCUGUUGCUCAAGAAAAAGAAAUAUGCUGCAGUUAAGUUGAGCAAGGAUUCCAAGGGCAACCUGAAACGGGAGCAGGAGCACAAGGGUCUGGAUAUAGUUCGUCGAGACUGGUCCCAGCUGGCGGUGAUGGUGGGCAAAGCGGUACUCGAUGAAGUGCUGGCCGAAAAACCGCUGGAAGAAAAACUCGAGGCAGUUCACUCCCAACUGGAAAAGAUCAAAAAUCAAAUAGCCGAGGGUGCCGUCCCUCUGCCCCUGUUUGUCAUCACCAAGCAGCUUACUCGGGCUCCCCAGGAAUACGCCAACAGUGCUUCACUACCCCAUGUCCAGGUGGCCCUUCGCAUGAAUCGGGAGCGCAACAGGCGGUACAAGAAGGGCGACAUGGUGGACUAUGUGAUCUGCUUGGAUGGCACCACAAAUGCCGCCAUGCAGCGAGCCUACCACUUGGAUGAGCUCAAGAGUAGCGAGGAUAAGAAGCUCCAGCUGGACACGAAUUACUACCUGGGUCACCAGGUACACCCGGUGGUCACGCGCAUGGUUGAGGUGCUGGAGGGAACCGACGCGAGUCGCAUCGCCGAGUGCCUGGGCAUGGAUCCCAGCAAGUUCCGACAGAAUGCACAGAGAGUCCAGCGAGAGAAUACGGAGCAGUCGGAGGGCGAAUCCCUCAUCAAGACGACCCUCCAGUUGUACCGCCUCUGCGAACCGUUCCGCUUCCAGUGCAUCGCCUGCAAGACGGAGCAGCUGAUGGCCAGCGCCUACCGCCCUGGGCCCAGCAGUUCGCACAUCGCCGUGCUGCAGCAAUGCGCGAAUCCCGAGUGCCAAACGGCACCGGUUCAGUACCUGGCCAGCGUCCGCAAUCAGUUGCAACUCGCCAUUCGGCGGUAUGUGCAGCGGUUCUACAAAAAUUGGUUGGUCUGCGAUCACCCGGAUUGCAACUACAACACCCGCACACACACGCUGAGGAAGGACAUGCGCCGACCCGUGUGCCAGAAGUGCCGGAGCGGCAGCCUGCUGCGUCAGUAUACGGAGCGGGACCUGUACAAUCAGCUCUGCUACCUGCGAUUCAUGUUCGACCUUGGCAAGCAGCAGCUGCAGCAGAAACCCACACUAACGCCGGAGCUGGAGCAGGCCUACCAGCUCCUCUACGAGACCGUGGACCAGCAGCUGCAGAGCUCCUCCUACGUGAUCAUCUCGCUGCGCAAGCUCUUUGGCCGCUCCCUGGCCAUCAUGUCCCUGCAGCCGCCCACACCGCGACCCCACAACGAGUUGAUCGCCAGUACUUUGGCAGAUGUCUACUAGGUGUUUAAUUAACUAGCCUUUGUCAUAAGAUCCAUUAAAAAUACUACAAAACAAAUGCGAAAAA